CCAUGCGGCCAAUUCUGCUACUGCUCGCGCUUGUUGCGUUGGCGUCGUCUGCUGUUGUACCUCGAACAAGGCGAAACCAUGCUGCUAGUCGGGCGAUAAUUCAGCACAUGCUGACGAAGGGAUUGUACUCGGAAGAGUCCGUCGAGUCUACCAGCAGCAGUGAUCGAGAUGAGCGUAUUGUGGUCGAGAACUACUUCACGACCCGGCUAAACCACUUUAAUCAUCAGCAACGGGAGGACUGGACUUUGCGGUAUCUCUCUGUUACGGAGCACUACAGGCCGGGAGGUCCCAUCUUGAUUCGCUUGUCCGGAAAUGGACCCGUUCGGCGGGAUAUGAUCAACGAAUCUUCGCUGAUCACCGAGCUGGCUCGAGAAAUGGGCGGGGCUGUGUAUGCAUUUGAAACACGAUUUUACGGCAUGAGCAAGCCCACCAAUGACGUCAACACGGAAAUUAUGCGCUUUUUGAAAACCGAUCAGAUCAUGGCCGAUUUGGUGGAGUUCAUCAUUUAUCUGAAGCGUGACGUGUUCCGGGAUGAGAACAUGCCGGUGUUGGUGUCGGGCGCAGGUUACGGAGGAGCGUUGGCCACGUGGUUCCGCGUCCGAUAUCCUCACAUGGGUGAUGCCGCCUGGUCUUCUGGAGGAUACCACGAAGCUGUGCUGGAUUUUAGCGACUUUGCCGAAUCCUGGAGUGAGACGCUGGUCGAUUACGGCAGUCAACAAUGCUACAACGAACUUUUCGUUGCGUUUAACGUGAUGCAAAACCUGAUCGAUAUCGGUAUGACCGAUAUGCUGUACGAGAAGCUGAACAUCUGCACCGAAAUUGACCCGGAGGAUAGUCUCCAGGUGCAGUACUUCUUCAGCACGCUGAUGACCGCCGUAGAAAUGCACACCCUGCGCAAUAGAAACUUGACCGACUUUUCCACCUUCUGCGACGAACUCCUCAGUACGGAAGCCGCCACAGCUGUCGAAGCGUUCACCACCUGGUUCAACUCGCGCUUCACCGAGGACGAAGGUUGCAUCGUGACGGAUCUCCAAACCGUAGUCGAUGCGUUCCGCCAAACAGACUGGGACUCCCCGUUGGUGGCUAACGGAGCCCGUCAAUGGAUGUACCAACAGUGUGCCGAGUUUGGCUGGUUCCAGACAACCAACUCAGCGUAUCAACCGUUUGGAAACCGCGUCACCGUUGAGCUGCACGCGGAAAUUUGUCGCAUGGUGUUCGGUGAAUGGGCAACGGAGGAAACCAUCCUGCAAGCCGCGGAACGUACCAACAAUCGCUUUGCGGCGCUUACGCCAAACACGAGGCGAAUCCACUUCACCAGUGGGGCGGAAGAUCCCUGGAGGGCGGUGACGAUCAGGGAAGAUCUGGGCGGACGGGCCACCGCCGACGUUAUACCGGGUAUACUGAGCGGUUCCGAAAUGAAGGCCACCUCGGAGAAUGAUUCGGAGGAGCUGCGAGCAGCUAAGAGGAGGAUAAAGACUGUGCUGAAAGAUUACAUACUGCGACCGAGUGGUGGAGGUAAUCCGGGAGGACCGGGAGGGCCAGGCGGCCCAGGAGGUCCUGGAAACUUAUAAUUAUAUAUUUAUUUAUGUGAGUUGUGAUUGUGGGAAUUGAAUAAUAUAAUUAAAUGAUUUAUGUAAUGAAAG